AUGCAAUUUCCAUACCUUGGAUGGGCGAGGCGCAAGAAAGAGAACUCGCAGUAUCAAUACCUUAGUGAUGAGGGAGAAGACCAUUCCCUUGUCCACGAGCCCAAGCGCUAUACUGCUUUGAAGUAUAUUAGACAUGAGACCAAAUCAUGGAAAUCUUUCAACAGCUACAUCUUUAUCCUGAGCCUUUCAAUAGCAAACAUCUUCCUAUUUUUCUCUACGGUUGCAAUGAUUCUCAUACAUAGGGGAUCCCGAUGCACAGAGAAGGAGAUACGAGACGGCAUUCCUGACUCAAGCAACACAGCUCCCAUCUUUGACCGACUUAAUAUUUACCGAUCUAAAUAUCAUCACAACUUUACCCUUUACUGGUGGGAUGAUAAUCCAUCCAUAUUUCAGCAACCACCGUCACCAGAGGUAGACGAAGCCUGGGAGAGAAUCUCCAGUACAAAGUCUAUCGCUUUGAGUGCUGAAGAGGUUCGUGCUGCGGGAUAUGAUCCGGCUACAGUAUGGCCAGCACCUGCGAAUGAAUUUGGAGAAGGAGUAUAUUACGGUGUCUUGGAUUUCUAUCAUCAACUGCAUUGUUUGAAUAUGCUACGAAAAACAGCAUGGCCCAGUUACUAUGGAGAUAUGAGGGAGAAGAUGAAACACACGCCACUCAAAUGGGAGGAUCAUUUGCAGCAUUGCACAUACGCUGUUUUGCGCAGUAUUUUGUGUCAUGCAGAUAUGGAGGUCCUGGUAGGCCAGAAAUUUAAAGGAUGGCCUGGAGUCAACCUGAACUUUGCUUCCACUAAGAAAUGCCGCAACUUCGAAGACAUCUUUGACUGGAUGGAGACGAAUGCCAUCCAACAGAAGGCACCGUGGUCUGAAUACCCGGAUCGAUCUAUUAUCGAGCUCGACCCUGAAGGAAUAUUGACUCCGUUUGGAGACCAUAGCGGGUUGGAAGAAUUUGCUGCCAGCCGCGGCAUAGAAUUGGAAGUACCGGCUGAUUUGGCAUGGCAACCACACAAACAGCACCCUAACGAAGGUAACUAG